AUGUGCAAAGUUUCCGUGAGUAAGUGGGUCCAUGGAGGCGAGGGCAGGGCAGCCCAGUGCGGGUUAAGGAAACGGGCUGGAGCGGGGAGGGGGGCGGGGAGCCGGGGGAACUCGGUCCCGAAAGAGGAAGGACCACCUACUAGUGGAAUAGACCCCGGGUCCCCUCUCCCGGGCCGCUGGCCGCGCACCGGUGUCUUAGCCGCGUCCCCAACUUUGCGGGAUCUCAGUAAGCAGUCACGUGCAAAGCCGCCCACCUGCAGGGGACCCCGGGCUCCGCGCCGCCGUCAGAGGGCGGACAGACUCCGCCGGGGCGCCCGGCUCCGACCCGGCAGAGGCACGCACUGCAGCGGGGGCUGGGGGAGCGGGUGGGCGCAGCCCCGCGCGGCCCCGCGGCCUCUCCCGGCGCGAGCGCUGGGGCUCGGCCGCGGUUCAGCCCGCCGCCGCCGCUCCCCGCCCCCCGGGUCCCCGGAGGCUCCGCGGCCGCCGGAGCGGGAGGUGGAGCCGAGCCCGCGGCGGCCGCGCAGGAGGGAAAGUUGGCGGCGCGGGAGCAGCAGGCGCGGCGGGGCAGCGCGGGGAGCCUCGUCCUCCAGCAUCUCCUCAUCCUUCCUUAAUAUCACCUGGUGACCUUGUUUCUCAUUUCACUGAUGAAGUAAGAACACUUUGAAGAUAGCGACUCUGCCCUUUCGGUGCUAACACUACAAACCCAUCCCACCAUCCGUCCUUCUAGAUUUCAGAUUUAUUUCCUCCUAAACCAACAGACUCACCCCUGUCCAAGGCCUGCCCUUCUUGCUCUGGAUUCCAUCUCUUCUCACUUACUUAAGGGUAUUCCUCUAAAGUGGAUCUUUUCCUCCCUGCAUCAUUAAUUCUUCCUCUUUCCUGGGUCAGCCCCAUCAGCACGGGCUGAUAGAAAUACCUU